CAUGUUGUUUAUUGAAGUGUUCGUACGCACGAGUUUUACUGGCCAAUGCUGUUUGGAGUAAGAAGUGUACAAGGUUUGUUUGGACACUAUUCGUUAAGGAAAGCACUUUAGUUUUGACAAAAUUUACCCUUCUGUCAUGACAUGACUCAGCGAAAACCAACGUAAUCGUGCUGUUGGGAUGCUUCAAGCUGGGAUGGCACAAAAUAUCGUAGCAAGACAUUUUAGAGUUCAUCGGAACACCAUCCAGUCAUUAUGGAGACGUUUCCAACAAUCUGGUAACACUCAGGAUCGACCACGUUCUGGGCGUCCUCGUGUGACGUCGCGUUGACAGGACAACCACAUUAGACUUGUGCACCUGAGAAAUCGUUUCCAGACAGCAAGUUCGACUGCUCGUAGCAUAUCUGGACUUCGACCAAUCAGUCCAAGAACUGUGCGUAAUCGUCUGCGCAAGCACAACAUCAGACCAAGACGUUCAGCGGUGCGCCCAAUCAUGCUUCAACGUCAUCGUAUCACUAGUCUAGCGUGGUGCAGAUGUAUAGUUCCUUAAUUUCCUUCACUGUCUAUAGCCAGGUACCCCUUUUACACUUGGGUGGAGUGAGGAAAUUCGUGUAAAGUGCCUUUCCCAAGGACACAACGUCGGCCCUGCCGCGGCCAGGACUCGAACCCACGACCUUUCCGUCGAGAGUCUGACAACCACUAGGCCACCGACGCUCUUAGAGUAUCUCUGGUGUUUCAUUGUAUUUAACGGUUUUAAUUUUUCGCAUUUAUUAAAGUAUAUAAAUGUGCUUUGUAAAACAUUGACAGAUUGUAAAAUGCAUCAACAUUUUUAACAUCUAUAGAAUGUAUUUUAAUGACAUAUGCAGUAUAUGUAUUUUGACGUCUAAGAAUGCUUUGCAUAUGCUUUUUCACUCAAAGUCAAUAAAAGCGUGCAAUCGAUGUCGCCGGCACUUUAUUAGAAAAUAAGCUAUAUCAAAUCAUAUAAAUUGUGUGCUAUACAUUCAUAGACCCAUAGCCUCCCUAGGCGUGAUUUCGUAUUAUCUUUAUGUUUUUGAUCUAUUUUGGCGCUAAAAUAUUCAAAAACUUUCGGAAAAUAUUCACCAAGUGAUAUUUGGAUGUGACAUUGAGAAGAAGUUAUUAUUAUUUUCAAAAGUUUGCAUUUCUGUAACAUACGAUACAAUAAACUUUUUAUCAAAACGUAUGUGCAGAGCAAAUGGUAUCCCUUUUAUGAAAAUCUCGUAGUGUACAGAUAAUGAAAAUAUAAACAUUUCUUUUGCAGAAGUCAUUGGUUGGUCUGAAAUUUGACAAACGUGUCGAGAUGUAACAUUCGUGAUGUAACAUUCGUUACCGAGAAAUUAAUUAAAGGGAAUGAUAUAACAAUUUCCCGCGUAUUUUUGCUCUUUGUCUGCAUGAUGUGGUAUACGUGUGAUAGUAUAAAUAUGAAUUUCUAUAUGUAUUUAUUCGUUUUGAUAUUUUUCAUUGAUCGUUUUGCUAAAUACAAUCUUAAAAUUCACUUUACCGUAAGUUCAAUUGCGCAUUUGGAUUGAGUUGGCUGAGUAAAGUUUUAUUCUGUAUUUAAGUAUAUGUUUCAUUUCAUAAUGAUUAUAUGCGUCUGUAAGAUCUUAAUCUAAAUUAUUUACAGAACACAUGUACAUAUUUUUGUAAAGUAUAGUAUGCUUCUAAAACGUUUACUGUGGGUACAAUUUACAAUUGUCAUAUUUCACUUAUGUUUUUCUUUCUUGAUUUGUAAUCUUAUCUAUCUGUUAUUGUAGGUCAAUGCCUUUAUUUUCUACUGAAUAAAUUAAUAAAACCAACAUCUGCCUUCCUACUCGGUUACAUACGACAUGAACGUCUACUAUGAACAUUGGAGUUUUAAAGUCAACACGUGUUAAACUUUGAGAAUUAGGAUUAAUUUUCUCUUACGGUCUCCGAAAUCAUGUCAACAAGUCAGGAUAUCAUAGUGUGUGAAGUUUGUGAGAUUGAACCUCUUCAGCACUUCUGCAAUCAGUGUGAAGUUCGUCUGUGCAACAACUGUGUCAUUUCACAUCUGAGUUCUGAAUCUGUAGAAGGGCACACCAUUGUUCGAUAUAAAUACAGAGAUGCUCGGAAUGUUAAACCAAGGCAAUGCUCAACACAUCGAACCGAAAACAAAACGCUAUUUUGCAAGAGCUGUGUUGUUCAAAUAUGUACGAAGGGACUUUUAGAACAUGUGGAACACGAAAUCACGGAUUUAAGACAGUGUAUACAUUCGGAAUAUGUGGAUAUUGACAAAAAUAUGGGCUUUUUGAGGACAACGGUUCAACCAGAUAUUGAAUCUGGUAUUGAAAAACUGAACCAAAUUUAUGAAGAGGCUAGCAAAAGAUAUGACCAAGAACGUCAAAGAAUGAUUGAUGCUGAGAAGGUCUUACAUGACAAAGUCACGGCGGCUAUGAAAGCUUUGCUCGAUGAAAUGGAAACCAGAAGAAAUGAAACUUUGACACGAUUGACAGAUUUGAAAACGAAUAGCAAGGCAAAGCUGCAAACUAUUGAUCAAUUCAUCGAUAAAUGUGAAGCUGCAAAGAAAUCUGUUGAAGACAUUCUAACAAUCAAGUUUGAUGAAGGCCUAUUGGAUAUGGAUCACUCGGUUGGGCUGGUAUUUCCACAAUAUGUUUCUCCAAACAAGUGGACUGUUGACGUCGGGGCAUUCAAAAGUAUAUCUACACGUCGGAGAAUAUUUGAGAUAGAUGUGGAAAACAAUAUUCAGUUACCUAUUCCAGGCAGAGUGAUGAUAGAGAAAAACAACACGGAGGGAAAUGAGGAGGGUGAUGUAUUUCUUGAUGCAAAAGAAAAGACUGAAAAGGUCGACGGUCUCUUCAUUGAAAAUCCAGACCAGCAGCCGACGGUUAAUCUACUGGAGAAUUGUAGCCGAUAUAAAACUGAACUUCAGCUAGGCCUAGACUUAGAGGGAGCCCAGAAGGAAUAUCAAAACCUUCUAAAACGGACGAAAGAAAUGCAGUCCCUGGAAUCAGUUUCACAAAUGCAGAAGAAUGAACCGCCGUCUGAAUUAAAUUAUGUGAAUGAAGACCAACGCAGGGAGGCUCCGAUGCUCUAUGGCGUUAUCAGUAUUGUUUCUGAGAAAUGUCUGAAAUCCACCUGGAGGGAUGCUGUGAGAGAAUUCAUAACCUUGACAACGUAUUCCAAAUCAGAACCUCAGUGCUCGAAAAACCAGAAGAGACCACGAUCCUCCUCUGGUUACCAAAAGAAGAAACAGAAGGAGUAUAGAAACAACAUAGAGAAGUUGCUUGACCAAGAGUGGCAGUCAGACUUUAUUCCUAAAUCUGCUGUGGAAUAUGAUUACCGACAUUUCUUUACCUCGGAAAGCGUUCUCAGGUCCAGUUUCCCAGACGCCUAUAUUUUCGAUCUGGCCAACUCCAAGAUAAGUAGACUGGAAGAUGUCCCCGUGGAGUUCAGAAACAGAAGACUGUGUACCUUUCUCGAAACAAUUGACAUGAAGAAGUUCGGAGUGGACCCACGUGAUGCCUGGAGGGAUUAUGGGUCCAGACAAAAAUAUUUAUGUUGUGCUUGAAAAGAAAAUGUUUUACACCAUGCAGACAGAACUUCAGAAGAAAACACAGGAAGUAGAAGAACUUUCUACCAGGUUGAGCAAAUUUACCAGCCAACAGUUGACGGAGGGAAACCCUAACAUAGCUGGCCUUAGUUAUGUCCGGCGCCCAACCAGACUAGGGGAAAUGUACAGUCAACUGUUUGAUGAUGAGUGGUCCGAGGCGUUUGAA